CCUUCCAGCCUUGCUCCUCAGAGGCCGAGGUGUCGCUCCAGGCUGGCGAGACCAUCUAUAUCACGUCUCCGAACUACCCUGAGCCUUACCCCAGCAAUUUCCAGUGCGGCUGGGUCAUAACGAGUGCAGACCCGAACAAUCAGCUGUAUUUGGGUUGCACUCACUUCAGACUACAAGGAAAAUCGAAAAGUGGCUGCCUCGACUACUUGUCUGUUAACGGCGAUGAGUACUGCGGCCGCCAGAAGCCUUCAGGGUCGGCCAGCGAGUUGAUUCUGGAGUUCAAGUCCAACAGGAGGAGGGAAAGGGAAGGCUUCAACUGCACCGUCUCCGCCUUCAGCGCCGCCCAAGGAACCGAAGGUCAAGAUUGCGCCGAGAUGAUUGACCCUGUUCUCGUGGGCCUUGGAGAAUCAGUCACCUUUAGCUCUCCAAACUAUGCAGCUAACCCCAAUGUUACCAGAUUCUGCUGGAAAUUUGAACAAGCUACAACCGGAAUGCAGCUUAGCCUCAGCUGCACUCACUUCCAGCUGCGACGUCCUAACAAAAGGAACAAGUGCCGAGACGCUUUUAUUAUCAAGGGUCAUGGAAAGUACUGCGGCACGGAGGCCCCCAGCAUCACCUCGGGCAGCGGAAGCCUCCCGGUCAAGGUCGUGGCCAGGCGCAUGGGCCGCGAGCCGAGCUUCAGCUGCGUCGUCGCCGGCGAGUUGCUGUCCAGCACAGAGGCGCCUUUGCCCACGAUCUCGCUCCUCGUGUCCUCGCCCUCGCCGCCGACGGAAGCGGCGCCAGACUGCGGCCUCAAGUAUGAGACCGACACCCGCAUCGUGGGCGGAGUCACAGCCAACGCGAACGAGUACCCGUGGCAGGUGGGUCUCGUCCAGGCCGCCUCCCCCUCCGAGGUCUUCUGUGGGGGCUCCGUCAUCGCCCACCAGUGGAUCCUCACGGCGGCGCACUGUGCGGAGAGCAUCGAGGGUCGGGAGAGCCAUCACAAGGUACUCGUCGGCGCCCACGACCUCCGCUAUCAAACGCCCUCCCAGCAGCUUCUCAGCAUCAGGAAGACUAUCAUACAUCCUGAUUACGACUACGAAAGCGUAGAUAACGACGUUGCGCUUCUGCAAGUCGAGUAUAUAGCCUUCAGCGCCAGGGUCGGGCCGGUGUGCCUGCCGGAGCCUAGUUCGAGUUACGGAGGUCGCUUGGCCACGGUGACAGGAUGGGGCGCCCUCAGUUCAGGCGGAGUAACAUCCAACGUGCUGAUGGAAGUGCAGGUCCCGACGCUGACGGAGCGGGAAUGCAAAGAAUCUUAUAACUCAUACGUGACUCAAAAUAUGUUCUGCGCCGGUCUGCCUGAGGGAGGCAAGGACUCGUGUCAGGGUGACUCCGGCGGCCCAAUGGUCACGCCCCGAGACAACGACCCGCAGCGCUACGAGCAGAUUGGCAUCGUGUCCUGGGGUAUCGGAUGCGCCGAGCCUGGGAACCCCUGGAGUUUACACGAACGUUGCAAAUUACAUUCACUGGAUUCAGGCAAUGAUGCAACUGCAGUGAUUGCAUUACAACCAGCUUAAAACGGCAAACUCUCCGGCUUGCAACGAACACUUAUUACUUAUCCCACUCUAACCGUCUGUCUGUCUGCUUGUAUCGUAAAACUAAUGUGUAUGAAUUCGGGAAAAUUAAAUAUACAACAGACUUCCAAA